AUGUUUCCAACUUUUAAAGUUUCACUAACUGGACUCGAUCCAACAAGUAAAUAUAUUGUAUAUAUGGAUGUUGUACCUGUUGAUAAUCAUCGAUACAAAUAUCAUAAUUCUCAAUGGAUGGUUACUGGUGCAGCUGAACCACAUAUGCCAGGUCGUUUUUAUCCUCAUCCGGAUAGUAAUUCAACUGGAGCACAAUUGAUGAAACAACCAUUAUCAUUUAGCAAACUUAAAUUAACAAAUAAUACAACGGAUCAAAAUGGACAUAUUGUAUUAAAUUCAAUGCAUAAAUAUAUUCCUCGUCUUCAUAUAAUUCAAGCUGCUAAUUCAUCAAAUAAUGAUACGAAAUUAUCUAUGACACCAUUGGAUAAUGUCAAUAUAUUCGUCUUCCCAGAGACUCAAUUUAUUGCCGUAACUGCUUAUCAAAACGAACAUGUCACUCGAUUAAAAAUCGAUAAUAAUCCAUUUGCUAAAGGUUUUCGUGAAAAUAAUGGACAUGCUAAUCGAAAAGAUGUUAAAUCGAUUAAACGACAUAUUGAUGAUGAUUAUGAUCGAAGACUUAAAUGUAAUGAUCUAUAUACAACAUCAGAAUCAACAAAACGAUGUAAAUCAAGUUCUGGUGAAGAAGAUCAAACACCUCCUUCACGUAUUGCACCUACAAGUAGUACUGUUGAUGUUCCUGAUUCAACAACUCCAUUUACAGAUUCAUAUGAAAAUCAAUUUCAUUCUCAUCAAAGUCAUUUAUAUGAUCCAAAUUUAUAUGCAUCACAUUAUUCUCGGUUUGCUCCAACAUAUCCAUUUACUUAUUCGACAAUGACAUCAAUUGGACCUACAUCUUCAACCAAUCCAUUCACAUUAGCAGCAGCUGCUGCAAGUCGAUAUUCAUCACCGUAUACAUUUUCUUCACCAUAUUAUCAACAUUCGACUUCAUCAUAA